AUAAAAUUAUAAGCAAUUUGAUCGAACAAAACAAGAAAAUGCAAAAAAAAAUCGAAGCUUUAGAAAAUACUGUGUAUGAACAAAACAAAGAGUUAAGAGAUCUCCAACUGACUACAGAGGCAACAAACCAAUACGGCAGACGUAGCAAUAUUGAGAUUUCAGGUGUAACAAAUGAUAUAGAUGAUGAUCAACUGGAAGAUAAAAUGAUAGAGAUUUUUAACAAAAUGGAGGUCAACGUUACGAAAUCCGAUAUCGAGUCUUGUCAUAGGCUUCCUGCGAAGAAAAAUCAAACAAAAAAAACCAUUGUACGCUUCGUCAAUCGCAAAAAUUGUCAAAAACUCUUAGAAAACAAAAAAAAAACUGAAAAUAUAAAUUUCGAGGAAAUUAAGCUGCCACCAAACAGCAAAAUCUACAUUUCCGAAAAUUUAAAUCGAUUUUAUCAAAGACUGGGAUUUGAAUGCAGACAACUGAAAAGAAACAAACUCAUCUACAGUUACAAAUAUCAAAAUGAAGCUUUUUUUAUAAAAUUUGAUAAAACCGAUGAAAAACACAAAAAAAUUACACAUGUGGAUCAAAUAGUUGAAUGGUUUCCUGGGUUCUACCAAAAUGAAUUGCUCAACUACGGAAACACAGAGAGUUAGAUUGUUGUCUUUAUCUCACUUUUCUCUUCUUUCUGCUACACACGAUUUUCCCGCCUAAAGUUCUUUGUUUGUUUAAUCUUAUCGGUGAUAUACGCUCAGUAUAUAGCGUUUGUUUUAUUUGUGAAAUCGUUUGAAGCCCAAAACCUGUUCUAACUGGUAAGUUUUCACUUUCUCUUUCUUUUUUGUACUUUUAGACCCUGUUUUCCCUUUAAAGCUGCCAGUUUUGUUUCCCCCCUAUAUAUAAUUUUUAUGCUUAGUUGUAAUGUCUGCAAAAAGCUAGUUGAUGAAUCAUGUAAAAAAUCAAUUUUUUGUGAUAUCUGUAAUUCCUGGAUACAUUUUCAAAACUGCUCUAGACUUUCAGUAUCAGAAUUUGAUGCCUUAUCUCACAAUUCUAGUAACUGGGCUUGUCCAAAAUGUUUGGACAGGACAUUACCAUUUUUUGAUUCAGAACAUCUGUCAAAUUGUAAACCAAAACCAACCCCAAAUUCUACAUCCCGUAUUAAUGAAAA